AUGGCUCUUUCAGCGUGCAAUGCGGUGGUGAACCCAUCCUUCGAGUCCGGCGUUCUUUUCCCAUGGCGCGCAUCCGCCGUGAACGUCGCGACCGUUAGCAAUGCUGCCAGUGCAUACAGCGGUGAAUACUAUCUGGAGCUGCAAACCGCCAUCGACAAUGGCGGCAACACAAUCUCCCAAUCCCUCGAAAACCUUAAGCGCGGCACAAAAUACGACUUCAGCGCAGAGAUUCAAGUUCCCUACGCAGGCGCCGAAUAUUGCUUCAUUUCCGUCUACAUGGGCCGCAAUGCGACUAAAGGCCAUAUUGCCACCAAGGAAGUGACGGACUUUGGAAAGUGGGUUUCUGUUACUGGAAGCUAUACCCCGAGGAGAUCCGAGGAUCGUUUGAAUAUUCUUGCUGCGUGUGACUUCCCGGAUAACUCUGUUACGGGCCGAGUUUAUAUUGAUGAUGUUCUUUUUGCGCCGAGUGGGAGCUGUGGGUCGAACUAG